GAAGAUAAAAUCUUCUGCUGUUUUAUAUAGAAACUAGAGUAAAGUAAAGGAGGAGUUUUCUUUUGUUUAUUCAUGCAAGUUUUCUGCCACUUUCCUCCGCAAGUGGCUUUGUCAUAUUUUUCUUAGAGAAUUUGGAAAUUACUCCAGACUUUCCUUUUAUUAUCUUAUCAAACACAAAUAACAUGAAAUCUACAAUAAAGAAACGUACGGGGGUUAUGCAAAUAUUCUUAGGGCAAUUAUAUUUUUCUUAUGCAAAUAUUCUUAGAGCAACUCCAAAAAAAUUAUUUAUUUUAAAGUUUACCAAACUCUAUAUUUGAAAUUUCAAGAUAUUUUUCUCAAAAAUCAAAACUUCAACUUAACUUCAAAAUUAUUUAUAUUUUACACUAUAAUCUUUUUAUUUAUCAUAAUUAAUGUAAACUCACAAAUGUUUUAUAAAUAAUUAGCACAUAUAUAAAAAUAUUACAGCAAUAUUAUUUAAUAAAAUUUUAUACUAAAUAUAAAUUUAUAAAUAAAAAUACAUAAUUAAAUAUUAAAUUACAAGUAAAUACUACAAUAUUCCAUAAAAUUAUUUCAUAAUGCUCUAUCUUCAUUUACACAAAAUUUGUUUGGAUAAUAUUUUAGAAAUACCAGAACAAAUUAUCAGACUAUUACUGUUGUUGUAAUAUUUAAAUUUGUAUAAUAAUAAUCUCUCCAUGUACCUUUUUAUAAAGUUUUUUUUAUCAAAUUUCUUUUGUAAUAUUCUUGUUAUGUAAUUUUAGUUUUUAAAUAUUAUAAAUCUUAUUUUUAAAAUUUUAAAAUUUAAAAUUUGAAUUAAUAAAAAAAUAAAAUAUUUAUGACAUAAUUUUUUUAAGGAUUAAAACGAUAAACAGAAAAAUACUUAAAAAUCAUAAAUUUGAUGUGUAAUUAAUUGUGAGAAACAAAAUGUAAAUAAAAAUAUUAAAUAUUAAAUUUGAAGUUUUGAGUAGUGAAACUUCUUCAGAACUCCAAAUUGAAGUUUUAAAGUAUUUUUCGGAAAGAAAAAAAAACUAUAUAUUUAAAGUUAUAGAGUUUUUUUUUGGAAAUGCUCUUACAAAACUUAUAUUCAAUAUUUUGUGUAAAUAUGUGGAUUAUGGACUCAUGGGUAACGAUCAAUUUAGUAAAAUGUUAACGAUGUGUGGGGGAUUAGUUAGUUUAACUCUCUGAUACCUUAUGAGGAAUUUUAACACACCGUUGGUUUGAUAGUCCUGUUAAUUUGUCUAUUUCGAAUAAAAUUUUGAUUUGUUUGGUAUCUAAUAUUGAAUUUAAUACUGUAUCAUUGUUCGACUAAGAAUUUUCGUAGCUUUGGUAUGAAGUUUCUGUGAAUGAUUUUAUAUAUUCGUAUUCUGGUGUCCCUCAUUAAAAGACAACACCAUGGGAAAUUUAAUGCAGCGCAGAAUAUUAUACAGAUUGGUCUCUCACAUGUCUCUUUUUAAUUAGUACUAGUAUCGAAAAAAAUCUAACCAAAUCUUGCUUAGGAAUAUCCAUUGUCAUUAUCUUCAUAGAUAUCCUCAUAUCCAUCUAUAUAAAACCAAAAAUCACACUGCAAUAAUGCUUACACAUUAAAAAGGCUCAGGUUCAAAGAACGAACAUUGAAUCAUGAUUCCUGAAUCCUGAGUAAUGAUAUCUUAGGUUUGGGUUAAUCUUGCCUCGAUUAUUGGCUUGUAUUAAUGGUGGUUAACCAUUAACUAUGCUAUAACUAAAACCACUCAUAAAUGUAAACCUAAAAGUAUUCGCUUGUCUUAAUGGUGAUUAUCCAGUAGCUAUGAUAUAUAGCUUUUUAAUGUUUGAUUCUCAAAUAAUAUAAUUUUGAUGCAAGUUUAUCAGAAUUUUCAGAGUGUUGCAGGUGUUGUGAUCGUGAAAGAGCUUGUCCAUCGAAAAUGUUAUACAUUCAAAAUCGUCCGUCGAUCUAAGCAUUAAAUGGAGAACUUUGUGAAACUGUAUGUGAAGUUGUUCGUAAAUAUCACAUAUUUGCAAAUAGUUUAUUAUCAUUUAUAAUAGAGAUAAAAGAUUAUAAGAUGAUGUACAUAGUGUUAAAAAAUAUCAAUUGAAUCCUUAAGUAUACACAUAAUCUGAGGCCUUUACCGAUUUGUACUUAGUUCAUCAUGCAUCAUCGCGUUUUUUCUACACAACCUGAUGUUUGGCCCACGGGCUGAAUCAGUAACACCGAUCGUUAAUGGCAAGAGUUUAAACAGGUCGGGCCGAGAAAGCCCAUCACAAGCUCACAACAUAUAUUCAUUGUGCAGAGAGUGUUAGUGUUUUAAGUUUCGUCGUCUCUGAGCUUUUUUUUUUUUUGCUAAAGGGUAAAUAUCAUUAGAAGAUAAUGAAAAUCCGGUUACAAGUUAUAGAACAUUGAAACCAAGAGAUGCUUUUCAGCUUAUCAGGUUUAUGGAAUCGCAAAAAGUUUAAAAAAGCCCCAUAGAACCUACAAAGAUUAACACCAAGCAACCCAAACAAUGGCUUACUUAAGUUAAUAUUACAUUGAAGCACAAAGACAGCAUUUUAAACUCCCAUACCAAAGCGCUUCCUGUUCUACUGGUUUGAAACACAGAGCAGGAGAAUAACCUGAAGACGAGUUCGAUCGAGCCUCACCGAAGUGGCUCCUAGCAGGCAUCGACGGAAGCGCCUGGCUCACGCCCCGGAGCUCCGCUGGAGGAGGACGUCAACAAACAAGCCCAAGUUAACACAGAGGAUGACGAUAGUGUAAACCCGCUGCUACACCACUGAAGAUGAAGAUCGCGGUCAAGCGCAGUCGGUCGUUUUGGCCCCUCAUUCCGCUGCGCGACACAGAAGAUGCGGCGGAGACAGCAGAGUUACAUAUCGCAAUCGACCGGGAGCUUUGGAAUGGGAAAUGAAGCACAAAGGGAGCACGGAACUCCUUGAAGCAGGUGACCUGAAGGCGAAAGAAAACAUCGCUCUUUCCGCUUAUUUCUGUAAAUUGAGAAGUUUCCCACUUGACUUUAUCUUAUUUUUAAACUUUGUUUAAUUACGCUUUUUUCCGUAGACUCUUCCUUCCAUUACAUUUUCUAGUUCCAAAUGGACAAAAGGUUCCAAAUGAUAUAAAUAAAUAAAUUUACAUCUUCAUUGAAUCGUUCAUUCUUUUGCCAAUUGUCCUAAAGUAUAUUAUCAACAUAAACAUAAACAUAGUACUGGGCACGUUGUGGUUGACAUUAAGAGCCAAUAGUAACAUGAUGCAAGAUAUUGCACAGCUACUCAUUGCAAUUAUCUUCCAUGUCUCACAUUAACAAAUAAUAAAAACCUAUGCCAUCGUAGAUUACUUAUACCAUUUCCUCUCUAAUUGCAAUAUUUAAAUAAAUAACUAAGAGAUUAACAUCAGUUUAUGUAGCAACAUUGCUUCCAACGCUCUCCGGUUCCACAGGAACCGCUAUGGAAGCAAUUAAUGUGCUUCCUCUGCUCCUCAUCUCACUGUUUUUAACCUUUCUUGUCACGGAAGCAACCGAUAUCAUUACAGCAACCCAGACUCUUAAAGAUGGAGACACCAUUGUUUCAAAAGGUGGUAGCUUCGAGCUCGGUUUUUUCUCUCCGGGAGGAUCAAGAAACCGUUAUCUCGGUAUCUGGUACAAGAAAGUCUCUCUCCAGACCGUUGUUUGGGUCGCAAACAGAGAUUCUCCUCUCUACGACCUCUCAGGAACCCUAAAAGUCUCUGCAAACGGGAGCUUACGUCUCUUCAGUGGCAGAGACUACAUCAUCUGGUCAUCAUCAUCUUCUUUGGAGAAGCCCGUUGUAAGAAACCCCAUCGUUCAGAUUCUUGAUACAGGUAACUUAGUGCUGAGAAACUCAGGGAAUGAUCAAGAUUACAUAUGGCAGAGUUUAGAUUACCCAGGAGACACGUUUCUUCCAGGAAUGAAAUACGGUAUAAAUUUUGUAACCGGAAUUAACCGGUUCUUGACUUCUUGGAUAUCUCCAGACAAUCCAUCAACUGGUAAUUACACGAACAAAAUGGAUCCAAGCGGUGUUCCACAGUUUUUCUUAAAGAAAAACUCGGUUGAUGUUUUCAGGGCUGGUCCAUGGAAUGGUCUAAGAUUCACCGGUAUGCCUCACCUAAAACCUAACCCUAUUUACCGAUAUGAGUUUGUCUUCACGGAAGAAGAAGUUUACUACACUUUCAAGCUUGAAAACCCUUCAGUGAUCACAAGAAUGCAGUUGAAUCCCAAUGGAGCGUUGCAACGUUACACUUGGGUCGAUAGCCUACAGAGCUGGAACUUCUAUCUAUCGGCUCAAACGGAUAGCUGUGAUCUCUACAAGUUGUGUGGCUCUUACGGAAGCUGCAACAUCAAUGAGUCUCCAGCUUGUAGGUGUUUAAAAGGGUUUGUUCCUAAAUCUCCAGAGGCUUACUAUGCAGGGGACUGGUCAGGAGGGUGUGUUAGAGAAGUGAAAAUGGGUUGUGGUAAAGGAGAAGAAGACUUUCUGAAGAUUUCAAAGUUGAAGUUACCUGAUACAAGAGGUUCUUGGUAUGAUAUGAGAAUGGAUUUGAAUGAAUGUAAGAGGGUAUGCUUGAGAAACUGUUCUUGCUCAGCUUAUUCACCUUUUGAUAUUAGAGAUAGAGGAAGUGGAUGUAUUCUCUGGUUUGGAGAUUUGAUUGAUAUAAGAGAAUAUAAUGAAAAUGGACAAGAUCUGUAUGUGAGGCUUGCUACUUCUGAAAUAGCAAAGUAUAAAAACUAUGGCGUGAAGGGCAAGAUGAGGAUCAUGCUCAUUAUAGUAUUUUCUACGGCAUUGCUUCUUAUUUGCCUUUGCAUAGUUCUGACUUUCUGCAACAUGAGGAAGAGAAAGAAACUUGCAACAAUAGAAACUUCGCAUCGCGAUUUAGACCGUGUUUCCAGCAGAAAACAAGAGGAGGAAGAUGCUGAGCUACCGUUUCUUGAUCUUGAGGCCAUUGCAGAAGCUACUUCUGGAUUCUCUGAUGAGAAUAAACUUGGACAAGGUGGUUUUGGACCUGUCUAUAAGGGAACAUUGUCUUGUGGACAAGAAAUUGCUGUAAAGAGGCUUUCAAGAACGUCAAGACAAGGGAUAGAAGAAUUCAAGAACGAGAUCAAACUCAUUGCAAAGCUACAACACCGUAAUCUUGUCAAGAUUCUUGGCUAUUGCGUUGAGGAAGAUGAAAGAAUGCUUAUCUACGAGUAUCAGCCUAAUAAAAGCUUGGAUUCUUUUAUUUUCGAUAAAGAACGGCGCCAAGAACUUGACUGGCCUAAACGUGUGGAAAUAAUCAAAGGCAUUGCUCGUGGACUGAUGUAUCUCCAUCAAGAUUCAAGGCUUCGAAUCAUCCACCGUGAUCUCAAAGCAAGCAAUGUUUUGCUUGAUUCCGAUAUGACUCCAAAGAUAUCGGAUUUUGGAUUGGCUAGAACCUUGGGAGGAGAUGAGACUGAAGCAAACACAACCAGAGUGGUUGGAACAUAUGGCUAUAUGUCUCCGGAGUAUCAAAUCGAUGGGUUUUUCUCAUUAAAAUCCGAUGUAUUCAGCUUCGGAGUUUUGGUUUUGGAGAUAGUGUCAGGAAGAAGAAACCGCGGUUUCUGCAAUCAAGAACACAAGCUGAACCUUCUUGGACACGCUUGGAGGCAAUACACAGAAGAUAAGGCAUGUGAGCUAAUCGAUGAAGCUUUAAAGGAAUCGUGUACCGAUGUUUCUGAAGUGUUAAGAGCUAUUCACAUUGGUCUGUUAUGUGUACAACAAGAUCCCCAAGACAGACCAACCAUGUCAGUGGUGGUUCUGAUGCUGAGUAGUGACAUGUUGCUUCUUGAUCCGAAAGAGCCUGGGUUUUACAACGAACGAAAUCUCUUGUAUUCUGACACUACAUCGAUUAAUCUGGAGAUUCCUUCCAAAAAUUUUCAAACCAUGAGUGUAAUAGAUCCUAGAUAAACCUUGUAAUCGAUCUUUUGUAUAUUCUAUAAUCUCUAACUAUUUUUGUGUGUGUUGUUUUGUCUUUGGUGACAUUAUUAUUACAUCACAUUUUAC